AUGGCGUUUUUCGGAAUCAAAGAACGGAUGGAUGACAGUCAAUUCUUUUUUGAGAACACAUUUGAUAUGACAUUCUCUCGAAAAAUGUCAGUCUGGGGAAAAAGUAAAUCCAAUGACACAAUACUAACGGAUUCUCAACUCGCGCACAUUCGAAACGUGAACAAGUUAGACUGGGAACUCUACGAAUAUGCAAUCAAACUUUUUGAUGAGAGAGUCAGUCAGCUACGAAGGAAACGACGAAUACGCCGUUGA